UGAAGCAGGUGAAGGGUGAAGCAGUAUUUUCAAUAAUAUUUAAUUUCACAGAAACUGUCACCCAAAGCCAUACCUGUCAAAAGAUCUCUUGUCUGGACUUUGGAAAUAACUUUGGAUGGUUCUGGGAUUCUUUCUGUUGACCCAGGAGAAUUUGUGUAGAGGCCAGACUGAAAAUAUGCCUUCAUGACAAAGUGUCUACAAAGCUGAUCCCAUCUUGGCUUUAAGAUAAAAAGAUGGCCUAUCACAAAGUGAAUGCAGACCAGAGAGCACAGGGGCACUCUCCAUACCUUGACAACGAUGAACUCCAAGCCACAGCGUUGGAACUGGAAUGGGACAUGGAAAAAGAGCUGGAGGAGCCUGGCUUUGACCAUUUCCGACUGGAUAGUGCAGUCCAGCAUCACCUGGGAAACUCCCAGAGCCCUGACCUUGAUCUCGAGCCCAUCCAGGCUUCAUCUUCUCCCAAGGGAAGAUUCCAGAGGCUUCAGGAAGACCCCGACUACAUCUCACACUACACGAGACAGGCACCAAAGAGCAAUCGCUGCAGUUUUUUUCGGAUACUGAAAGUAUUUUGCACUGCUUUGAUUUUAUUUAUUUUUGGAAUUGUGAUAGGAUAUUAUGCUCGCAAGAAAUGCCCCUCUCCCCCAGCAUCUCAAGAACCAAAUAAUCCUCAUAUCUACCAUGAAAUUCUCAAGGAAAUCAAAGCUGAAAACAUUCAACAGAUUUACAGAGAUUUGUUACAGUACACUAGGGAAGAUGAUGUAGACGUUGCAAUGAAAAUUCUGGUUCAGUGGCAUUCCCAAGGCCUGGAAGAUGUCCGGCUGGUGAAUUACUCUGUUCUGCUUGACCUACCAGACUCUUCUUCAAACACAGUAACUCUGAAAAGCAGUGGUGAAUGCUUUUAUCCGAGUGGACAACAGUGCAGCAGAGACCCCAAAACACUUCAUAGCCAAGACCUCCUGUACUCGUAUGCAGCUUACUCUGCCAAAGGAACUCUUGAGGCAGAGCUGGUUGAUGUGCAGUAUGGCACCAUGGAAGACCUGCUCCGGAUUCAAGCCAUUACAAACGUGACCAAAAAAAUUGCACUUUUGAAGCUAGGACAAUCACCUUUGCUUUAUAAGCUUUCCCUGCUGGAAGAUGCAGGCUUUGGUGGUGUUCUUCUUUACGCUGACCCUUGUGACUUACCAAAGACCACAGAUCUUGCUGAUAAAGCUUUUAUGGUUUCCUUGAACAGCGGAGGAGAUCCAUCAACACCCGGCUAUGCCAGUAUUGAUGGAAGCUACAGGCAAAAUCGACUGAACCUCACAACACUGUUAGUACAACCAAUUUCUGCAAUGCUUGCCAGAAAACUUGUUUCCUUACCUGAGGACAGUGUCCAAAAAGAUAGGUGUACACCCCUCCAGCUGCCACCUACAGGAAAAAAAAUAAUCAGUCUGAAUAUUCAGUCAGUCACAACUUACAAGACUAUUUCUAACGUUAUUGGAUAUUUAAAAGGAGCUGUAUUUCCUGACAGAUACAUCAUCAUUGGGAGCCAUCACAGCAGCUUGAACCCUUAUGGUGGACAAGGAUGGGCCAGUAGCACUGCUGUCAUCACAGCAUUGAUCCAAGCCUUGACACUGAAGGCUAAGAGGGGCUGGAGACCUGACAGGACCAUUGUUUUCUGCUCAUGGGGAGGAACAGCCUUUGGGAACAUUGGUUCAUAUGAGUGGGCUGAGGAUCUCAAGAGAGUUCUUCAAAGAAAUGUUGUGGCUUAUGUUAGUCUUCAUGAUCCAGUCAGAGGCAACUCAACUUUACACCCUGUUGCAUCCCCUUCUCUUCAGCAGCUGGCAGCAGAGAGCCAGAGCCUCAAUUGUGUGGAAAAGACUAGAUGUCCAGGAUCUAAUGUGAGUUCUGUGCAGAUACAGGGUGAUUCAGACUAUUUCAUCAACCAUCUCGGAGUACCUGCCACGCAGUUUUCUUACGAGGACAUCAAAACUUCAGAGAAUUCUAGCUUUCUCUCUGAAGCUCUUUUUCCUGUACAUGCAACAAAAACUGAAGAGCUGGAUCCCUCCUUCAGUCUGCACGAGACCAUCGCAAAGCUAACAGGACAAGUGACUUUGAAAAUUGCCAAUGAACCAGUUUUGCCGUUUAAUGCCCUCGACAUCGCGUUAGAAGUUCAGAACAGUCUCAAAGGUGAUGAAGUAGGCGUUCCUCAGUUGCUUGCAGUGGCCUCACGUCUGAGGGACACGGCCGAGCUGUUCCAGUCGGACGAGAUGCGCCCGGCCAACGACCCCAAGGAGCGAGCUCCUGUCAGAGUCAGGAUGCUCAAUGAUGUGCUACAAAGCUUGGAGAAAAGCUUCCUGGUUCAUCAAGCUCCUCCAGGACUUUACAGAAAUAUUCUUUACAGACUGGAUGAAAGGACCAGCCAGUUUUCAGUACUGCUGGAGGCACUGGAGCACUGCAAACUGCAUCAGUCAAAUGAGACCAUUCAAGCAGCCUUGUCAGAGGUGCUGAACAGCAUCAAUUCAGCUCAGGUUUACUUCAAAGCAGGACUUGAUGUGUUUGAGACUACCUUAGCUGGAAAGAAAUGAGAGGAUUCUCUACAUUCUAAGACAUUUGUUUACAACUUGCUAAACAAAAAUUCGACUUGGACCAGAAUUGCUCUGAGGAUGACACAUUUCUCAGCUUUUCCUUCAGUUGUCGCUUAAAGGUACCGCAGAGCGUGGUUUUAUAAAUAUAAAACAGUCUUUUGCACUGUUCACAGUAUAUCUCAAAUGUCUAUUCCUGAAUGUACAAAACAUGAGAGGGAAUAACACUUAAGAUAGGAUUUUUUGGAAGGACAUCUACUGUAUUUUUAUAUGUAAAAUAUGUUUUUAUGACUCAGAUCUCAAUCUUGCGAAGUACCAAGCACAUCCUGCAACGCGCUGAAGACCUGGUUCUGAGACACCACAGGUGUAUACCUGGGUGAGCUUUCCAUCCCUGCUCUGUCAGAAAAAUCUGACUUAAGUAUACUCUUGUGUUUCUUAACUUCUUCAGCAAGCUCAUCUUCUUCCUUACUCCGUUCAUAGUAAGUAGUUGAAGGAUGUGGCGUUUCCUCAGUUGUCCAGCACCAGAGUAAAAAUGCACAAAACACCUUUACCGGUGCAAUCCAACAUCUUUACUCCUGUGGAACAAUAAAUACCUCAAUUCUGAGAAUACAGAUAAACUUUGAUUAUUCCAUUUCUGUAUGAAAAUAAAGAGUUGUUUUCUCUAAUGUUUCUUGGAGAGAAAAUUUUUGCGAUGGUUUCAAAUGAUUUGAAAAGUUUGAAUCAACAGUUACACUUGCACAAGAAUACUUUCAGUCUUUAUUUUAAAUAAAAGAACUGCCUAGUCUUAUAAGGCUACAGGCCUUAUAAGCUUAUACAUUACCAAAACAGCCCACUUCAAGGUCUCUCUAAAUUUCCAGAGAGCUUUAAAUGGAAACAAGACCUCCAAGUCCUGGAAACAGUUUUGGGAUUCCAUCACUUGGACACACCACCCCACUAUUCCAGGCCUGCCAUAUAGCACCUGGAUUGUUGUCAAAAAGCACAAGCAAAACAUAAAUGCUGUAGAACCUGCUGCAGAACCAGGAAUUCCACUCUGGAGGCACAAGCUGGUGAAGCAUGUUGCAGGGCUAAAACUCAGAGCUGCUUUGCACUGGGGGAACCCUGUACAAAGGUUCUAAUGAUACCAUUACUUUUUGGCCAAAGUAAUCUGUGAAUGGAAGGAUCAGGAGGUUCAGUGUCCUCUGAGGGGAUAUACACAUUUGAGAACUGCAGGUCUUAAUAAUGUAAACAAUGGAAAUUAUUAAGCCCUAUUGGGUUUAGAGUUUUACAAUCUCAGAUGAUUCUGGGGUUAGAGCUUAAAAAAUUAAUUUUAUAUAGAUACUUAGAAUUGAAAUAUAAUUUAUUUAAUGGAAAUGUUAAAUGUAUUGUUACCCAUUUUACCAUGGAAAUUAUUAAAGGAACAUUUCAGGUUGCAAUAAAAAUGGAAAAAGUGUCUGUAUUAGUGUCUAAAAAUUGCCUUCUGGAAAAUUUCAAAGUGCACAACUUGAUGAAAGACUUUUGAAAGUUCAUGUAGCAAGCAAUAAGAGUUGUUUACAGAUCUGAGUUUCUCUUUCCAAAGUCAUUGGCAAACAGGCCUCUAUAAGCAAUGACCCACAACUGGGUAUGUAUAUCUGUGCAUUUCUUUGCAAGUUAUUAUCUUAUAAUGGGCAGAACACCCCAGGUCUUACCAGAGGCAGAGCUGGGCAGUUGUACAGCUACCACUGCAGUGGGUAUAUGUUCAACACCAGUCAGUGUGACUGCAUGAACUUAGACAUGAUUAUCUUCUAUCUUUCCUUGGCAUCUGGUAAGCAAGAGUUAAUGAUGAUUUUUUUGCUACCAAUUCUGUUUACUGCAGAGAGAAUUUGACUUCUGAAGAGUAACAUUGUUUAUGAUGUUUAUUCAUCCCCUUCUUUGCAUACUUUUGAUUAUUGUAAUACUUAAGUGGUUGGAAUAUCCACUUUUGAGUUGUGUGUUUAUUUUUUGAUAGAAUUUGGGGAGGUACUGUUCAUGCUGCAUUUGAAUGAUAUUUGUAAGAAGGACUGUUCUUCUAACAGUUCACAUAGUCAAAUAUUUUCCUUCAUGUUGACUCACUGUGGAGCCAAAGCCUGUGGUCUUAAAAGAUAUAGUGUCAGGUACCAUUAGGAGAACAAAAAUAGAGAUUAACACCUUCUUUGUCAGGUAAAUUUAAAAACUGCUUCCUCAUCCUUAAAAUUUAUGUUUCACCAAACUCAGGUCUAAUGUAACCAAAGUGUACUCAUGCAAAAUCAGUGAAAUCUACUGGGAGGAGUAUCCCUCAUGUAUAAUUUCUCAACCAUGUAAUUCCUCACUAAAACAUUUAUCUUGUUUUCUCACAAUGUCCUUCUAUAACAACUUUUAAAAUAGCAGACUUCAAAGUACUCCACCAAGAAAGCACUGCUGUUGUAAAUGCCUUUCUAUUCUAGAGACAUUCAGAUGUUCUUGUUGGUGAGAUUAAUCAGAUGAGCUAUUUAGGGACUUAAAUGCAUUGAUUUCAAUGUCAUCUCACACAUGUAUAUAUCUUUUGUAGGCUUUUUUUUCAGUGUUCAGAUCUUACAUAUAAGUGAGUGCUCAGUGAUAAUAUUUGUAUCAUUAUAGCUUUUGAAGAAGCACUUUUGAGCCAUAUCCUUCCAUUGAUUUUUAAAUCCUACCUAUUGACUUCAAAGAAUUUAUGGCAAGUUAAGGUCCUAAAUACCGUGUGUGUUUCUAGCAUAGAGUUUUUGCCCAGCCAGCUGUGGAACAUCAGCUAAAGGGAGGUGUUAGUAAAUCAUAGCACCUUAUCCAGAUUGACUUCAUUCCUAUGUUGUAUUGAAAUAAAUAAAGGAGUGCCCUUAAAGGCAGAAUUAUCUCUGCAAAUUGCCUGAAUGAUGCUAAAAAUUUAUUACCUUUUCAGAAACAUCAAUUGCCAGAGACAGUAUAACAAAUACAUUGAUUGCUAGUUAAUCUAGAGUCAUGCUUGCAAUGACUAGAAAAUCCCUGCAGCUUCCAAUAUUUGUAUGUUGAGACAGUUGAUAAUAAAAAGCUAAUAAGAUUUUAUUAGUGCAUAUUUUAAAGAGUCCAUAAAGAAGCUAAAGUACAAUCAACUCAGAUGAAUAAAAAGUACAUGAGGGCUGGAUUUUAAGUACUAACCUUAAAAAAGGCAGUGAAUUGUUUUUAUCAUGCACGAAAAACUGUACCUGAGUGAAUACAAGAGCACACAAUUGCCUUAUAUCUUAAAAACAUUGUAUAAACCUUAAUUUACUUGCAGUGAUAUGAUACACCUACAUAAACAUAAAUGUAAAUAAUAACUACAUGAGAAAAUUAGCAAACACUUUGCACUGCUUCACUUACCUUUUAGGAAAGUAUUUCAGUCUAGAGAUGUGAAAAAAGACACUGCAGCUGACCUCAGUUCUUGCAACAGCAGGUGGGGAAAGGUUAAAUCUCAGAUAUCACAGGAGGAACCACUGGAGGUCACCUAGUCCAACCUCCCUGCUCAAGCAGGGUCACCUAAAGACAGCUGCUGAGGAGGGACUAUGUUCAGAUUGCUUUUGAACAUCUUCCAAGGAUGGAGAUUCCACAAUCUCUCGGGGCGAUCUGUGCAUGGUCACCCUCAGAGAGAGUGUUUCAUCCUUCUGUAGAUACAGUUCCUCCAAAUCUCUUCCUAUAUUUCUUAGUUGUUAAAUUAUUGCAAUUAGUUUAAUUGCAAGCAUUCAAAAGAUAACCAGCAUUUCAUUUAGUGAAAACUCUUGGCCAAGGUCUCUAGGAUUUCACAGUUGAUAUGUUAGAAAGUUUGUAUGAGGAGAUUUGUCCUUCAAGAUGUGGAGUUCUAGAAACUAAUAUGUUUCUUUUGAUGUCUUUUUGUACAGUCUUUGUCCCCGGUUACAGGAUUUCUGUAUAACUUAGGAUACUGAUGGAGAACAAAGGACACAUUAGAAAAUGCAGGGAGGAAAAUUACCCGUCAGCACAUGUGUAACUAUGUGCUAUGAACGCUUCUACUUUAACCAAACUUUGGGAGCUCAGUGCAAUUCUAUGGUUUGUGUUAUGCAGAAAGGCAGGCAGGAUAAUGGUAUGGGUCAUUCUGGCUUUAAAAGUUAUUAAAUGCUAUAAACAUUGUUGUGUCUGGGCCUCUGUUCUCAAGGGAGCAGUUAAGAUUUUCCUCAAAAGCCUUGUGCUGGAAGUUGUUAUCUGUGUCACUCAGAAGUGGGUACCUCUGACAUUACAGUACGUUAUGGUUCCUAUCUCAGGAAACAAGCACAGUAUGGAAGAUGUUCUUUCCCUUUGGCAGUCAGUAACAUUUCAGCAGUAUUUUGCCAAUCCCAGAAAGGUGAGUGAUAGAAACAAAUCUCAUUUUAAGAUGCUUGGGACCUGAAUUUGGAAAACAGCACUAUAAAUGUUCAAAAUGUAAUGAGGUAUCUUCCUUUGGAGCUCUGAAUUUAACAAAUUUGAGAUAGAGUCAUGGGUUGCACAAAUAAAUAUCUCAGAAAUAUAAAAUACACAUGUAGUUACUAUUAAACACUAUAAUAAUGAUAAUUACUUGGAUACCAAUGCAAAGAUAGUUUUGGGUGGCUUUAACCAUCUGUCUGUCUGUUCUCCCUCUGCCACCAUCUUCUCCAAAAUUAAACUCCCCCUUAAUUUUCCAGCUACCAAGUUAAUCCCCCUCUUUUCUCACACUUGAUCUCAGUCAUGCUUUUUGUUCCCCAUUUGAUUCUGAACUCACCUCCCUUAAGUUUAAAUUCUUGUUCCUGCUACAGCUGACCGUAAUAAAGAGCUAAAAGUGUUGGAAAAGUCGUGCUCAGAUCCAAAUGAAUAAGGAGACAUCAUUUGUUAAAUUCUAAGUGUUCUCUUCUGAGUCUGUGCAAACAGCAGGUUUUCAAUUAUAACUUCACUGCAUGGAAGCAGAUUUUCUUGGGGCCCACAAAGUAUUUUUUUUCCUGUCCUCUUUCCCUCUAAUGUCUGGAGCAGGAAAUUCCCUCAAAAAUAGCAAUGUAGGCAGGUGAUAAUCUGGAAAGUUUUGAAAUAAACUUUUUGAAGUUGGGUGAAUAAGAAAUUAUAGACAAAUUUAAUCAGAGUUGGUACUACCUACUUCCUGUCUACAAAAUAAAACAAGCAGUAUGUAAGCUUGUUAUUUUUCUGACCUUGCAUAUGCCAUCCAGCACCUUUCAUUACAUGAUGGCUUCAUACAAAAGUUAUGUGUGUAAUUAUACUGUAUUAGUGUUUUAAAUUAUUAAGGAUGAUAAGGACUCAAGCCACAUGCCCAAACCUGUACUCGAAAAUGCAAACUUGAGCCCAGGAAGUGCCUAAGAAUAAUGAAUACUUGUCUGGGAAGCAAAGGCUUUAAGAAUAUAUAAAUUAGACUGUAUGUUUACUAAAACUAUGGUGCUAUCAAGCCUAACUUUGUUUUUUCCUAAUUUUAAUCCCAUUGCUCCUGGUUAUUUCUACAGUUGCUCGUAUACACUUGUCACAACUGGAGAAAAUGUACACCUACACAGAUUUGCUCAAAGAUUAUAUUCUCCCUCAGGCUUAUUGACUUGGUCUUUUUUUUUUCAGCAGGGUUGACUUUAUUGUAGUUGCUUAUCAGGGUACUGUUCCACACGAGCGAGGUCAGCAGAAUUUGGACACGAUUUCUGGAAUUUCCAAAAAGAUUUGGUAUCAGAAUAUCGUUUAUUUGUGUUGAAUCUAUUUUCUUUAAUCUCUCAACAUAGAUUAUUACAAGCAAGAAUACAUAUGGGUUUUUUAAAAUGGGCAGGAGUCUCUUGGUCAAUGUUAAGUAAACCCACAGGACAGGAUAUAAAUGUGUAGGUACAAGUAAUAUAAUCUAGAAUAAACUUAAUAGCUAUUAUAAAUGUUGGCACAGAUUAAUGCACAAGUAUAUUUUACAGAUUGGAAUUAAUACAAGGGCUUAAUUUAAGAAGUGUAAUCAGAAUAGAGGCGUGGAACAACAGUUUUGCUGUGUAAAUGUAGUAUGUGCUUACUCGCCUGCCUAAUGCAUUUGGUUAAAAUAGAUUAGGAUAUUGUUUAAGCUACUUCUCUCUGAUUUAUUUUCCAGCAAGCCUUUGAAAAUGAAGUCUUGGUCUUUAUUUUUCCUUUAAAAGUGUUCUGCCUUUAGUGUUUAUGGAAAGCCUAUUGUGUUGGGGCAGUGUAAUGCCGUCUUGUCUGAUCAUUCCUGGAACAUUUAAUAGAAUUGAGUGGUAUUUCAAAGUACAGUCUUUGGAGGAAGGUCCUUCACUGACCAGUUACUGUAUAUGAUGUUAUCUGCUUGAGUGGCUGCCUUUACCAUGCCAUGCUGUGGGUGUGCAAUGUGAGGCUUUGAGGCACUAAUUUUUUUUUACAGUAGCAUUGCAGAGUUUUGCUAAUUUUCCCCUGUUUGAGGCUGUUUCCUCCUGAGCAUCCUGGUGAUACAGCAAUAUAAUACCAAGUGCUCUUAGCACCUGCUACAAGCUCUUCCUACAGGGGGCAUUUUAUGGGUUUUUCUGAGCAAUAAUAAGUGCAUUUCCACUCUUUUUAAUUAGUGUCUCUUGGAGCCCCACUCGGCUUUUAUGUAGCACAGUCUUAAUACUGACCCCAAGGUAGAUGGAGAGGUCUGACUGAUGUGUUGACUUGCUAACAAAACUUGCUACAAAAACUGCUGGUUGACCCCUAUCCUUAAAAAAAAAAAAAAAAAAAGGCAAAUAAAA